CGGCCGAGCGACGCUCGAGGGGCCCAGUGGCAAGCCACUGUAGUGGACCCUCCCCCACAAAAAAUAAAUUUAAUAUCGAAGUGAACACAUGGUCCACAUAUCAGAUAUUAAACUGAUAAGAACAGAUACUACACUUGAUCUUAGCCAAAAGGCCGAGAAAGGUAUGCUCUAAACAGCCAACCUCCGUCUCCUUUUGUAGCGAGUCCGGGCCUCCCCGCUGCUUUGGCUGGGCGAGGUGGGACUAAACGGAUGAAGCCGAUCGCACUGCAUCCGGCUGAACGCUGACUGCGGCGGUGUCCGUCUAGUGCUAUGUUAAUGGGCCGCAGCCCAGCGGGCGUUGUUGCCUCCGAUACUUAUUAGUUAGGCCCAACUGUUAAAAUCCGGACAAAACGGGGGAUGCUGCAUCUCUAAUUUUGCUCGAAUUUAUGUACGUUGGAUGCAUGUUCCCGUCUAUUAUCCCUCUCAUCCACACAACUAAGAAUAGCCGAAUGAAAACAAGCCUCUUCUUCACCUCUCCCAUGCAAGACCUCCAGUGUCUCUCCUCCCAUUUUCCAGAAGCAAAGCGACGUCAAGAAACAAGAAGAGAGGGAGGUUGAUCCGUCCAAAUAAUAGAUGGGAUUCCAAUCAAAUGGCAGCAAUGGCACAGCCUAGUUAGCCGACAGAUCAUCACUUGAUUUGUCAGCAACAGCAUCCGAUUCUAACAGACAGCGAGCCCGAAGACAUGACGGCGGUGGCGAACCUGUCGUCGGGGGCGCUGGAGGCGACGGCGAAGCCGCUGGCGGCGGCGUGCUACGACAACAACCUGGUGAACUCGCAGGGCAUGUUCCUGGGCGACCAGCCGCUGCGCUUCUCGCUGCCGCUGCUCCUCGUGCAGGUGUCCGUCAUCCUAGUCCUCUCCGCGGCCGCCCACGUCGUGCUCCGCCGCCUCGGCCAGUCCCGCUUCGUCACCCACAUGCUGGUCGGCAUCUUCCUGGGGCCCUCCGUGCUGGGCCGGAACGCCUCCUUCCGCGACCUCCUCUUCUCCGAGCGGGGCACCUACAUCCUCGAGAGCGUCUCCCUGGUGGCGCUCAUCCUCUUCCUCUUCUCCAUGGGCGUCAAGACCGACCUCAGCCUGCUCCGCCGCCCCAGCGGCCGCGCCGUUGCCGUCGGCAUCACGGGAGCCGUCGUCCCGCUCGCCAUCACCCUGCCCGUCUUCCACGCGCUCCAGCCCUCGCUGCCCGAAGACCUGCGGGGCUCCUCGCUCGUCACCGAGCUCGCCGUCCGCCUCUCCCUCUCCUCCUUCCCCGUCGUCGCCGACGCGCUCUCCGACCUGGACCUCCUCAACACCGACCUCGGCCGCAUCGCGCUCACGGCGUCCCUCAUCACGGACGUCACCUCCUGGUUCCUCCGCGCCUGCUCCGCCGCGGUGUUCCUCGUCUCCGAGGCCAUGUCGCCGGCCUUCACGGCCAGGAUCCUCGCCUCAUUCGUCGCCUUCGUGCUCUUCGUCGGCUUCGUCGCGCGCCCCGCCGGCCGCUACAUCGCGUACAAGCGCACCCCGACGGGGGCGCUCCUGUCCGAGGGCUCUUUCGUCGUGGUGGUCAUCGCCGCGCUGCUGUCGGCGCUGGUCACGGACGCCAUCGGCUUCAAGUACAUGAUCGGGCCCAUGAUGCUGGGGCUGGCGCUCCCCGGCGGCAUGCCCAUUGGCGCCACGAUGACGGAGCGCCUCGACUCCUUCUUCAUCGCGCUCUUCCUGCCCGUCUACAUGGCGCUCUCCGGCUACCGCACCGACUUCAGCAAGGCGGAGGAGGCCUCAGAGAGGUGGUGCGCGCUGGAGCUGUUCGUGGUGCUCUGCGUCUCCGGGAAGCUCGUCGGCUGCGUCGCCGCGGGGCUCUUCUUCGCCAUGCCGUUCCGUGACGCCGCCGUGCUGGCGCUCAUGCUCAACAUCCGGGGCAUCGUGGAGGUGGCGGCCAUCAACAGCUGGGGCGACAGCAUGAAGGCCACCGCGGAGCACUACUCCACGCUGACCCUGGCCAUGGUGCUCAUCACCGCCGUGUCCACGCCGCUGAUCAAGCUCCUGUACGACCCGUCGGGGCAGUUCGCGCGGGCGAAGCGGCGGUCGCUGGAGCACGCGCGCAUGAGCGCCGACCUCCGCGUGCUCACCUGCCUCUACAGCGAGGACCACGCGGCGCCGCUGAUCGACCUGCUGGAGGCGUCGGGGUCGUCCCGCGACUCGCCCGUGUCGCUCAUCGUGCUCCACCUCACGGAGCUCGUGGGCCGCGCCGCCUCCGUGCUCAAGCCCCACCGGAAGAGCACGAGCAGCGGCGGGAACCCGACGUCGUCGGACCGCAUCGUGAACGCGUUCCGGUACCUGGAGCAGCAGGCGGCGCCAGGGGCGGUGACGGUGAGCCCGUACGUGGCGCAGGCGCCCUUCAGCUCGAUGCACCACGACGUGUGCUCGCUGGCGCACAGCCGGAAGGCCAACCUCAUCCUGCUCCCCUUCCACAAGUCCUCGGACGGCGCGCGGAGCACGGCCAACAACGCCAUCCGCUCCAUCAACCGGAGCGUGCUGCAGUACGCGCCCUGCUCUGUCGCCAUCCUCGUGGACCACGGCCUCGCGUCCGGGUCGGCGUGCGCCACCGCCGCCAACAGCCUGCUCCAGCGGGCAGCGCUCUACUUUCUGGGAGGCGCCGACGACCGCGAGGCGCUGGCGUACGCGGCGCGGAUGCCGGAGACCGGGACCAUGUCGCUGACGGUGGUGCGGUUCAAGCUCCGGAACUGGGUCGGGAUGGGCGGGCGCGACGAGGCGAGGGACGAGGAGCUGCUGCAGGAGUUCUGGAGCAGGCACAGGGACAACGAGCGGGUGGUGUACGUGGAGAAGACGGUGGAGGACGCGGAGGGCACGGCGUCCGUGGUGCGCGCCAUGAGCGAGAAGUUCGACCUGCUCAUCGUGGGUCGGCGCGGCGGGGAAGGCGAAGGUGACCCGGAGGGGUCCACGGCGCUCACCAGCGGGCUGUCGGAGUGGAGCGAGUUCCCGGAGCUGGGCGUGCUGGGGGACAUGCUCGCCUCCGCGGAGUUCGCGUCCAAGGUCUCCAUCCUCGUCAUCCAGCAGCAGCCGCCCAAGAAAACCAUCGCCACUGGAAGCUCCGUCAAUGAUUAAUCAUCGUUCCGCCUUGCCGGCCGGUGUCAAGUUAAUUUAAUUUUUGUAAUCAAUCAGUUGAGAUCAGGUAGGUGAGAUCCAAGCUAUUGUGAUGUGAACAGCCCUGGAAUCUCCCGUUUAUGUCACUGACUCGUCAGCUGUGAGGAGGACACGUAAUUCAGAAUUUCCACUUUUUUUUACAGAGAUAUCAUUGGGUUCGAUUUGUAACCUUAGUCCUGGUUUGAAUACUCUUCUCAAUCAUCUCAAUCCACAUGUAUUAAUAUUGAUUAUGAUAUAAAUUACACUCCAAACCACCUCAAUACACGUGGAUUGAGUUGAAUACGAGAGUUUCCAAACAAA